AUGCGGCCUUCUACCACCCUCUCUUUUAUUCUUACGUACGCCGUAUCUCAAUCACUAGCUGUGAAGGUUCAUCGCCUGGACCUGCCCAUCGUCAAUGAAGUGCUCCAACCUGAUGGAUAUCCUCGCGAAACCGUCGUUGCAAACGGCACAUUUCCUGGACCAUUAAUCAAAGGCAAUAAGGGAGAUAACUUCCAGAUCAACGUGAUAAAUCAGUUGAACGACACUGAUGGCUUAGAUGUUUAUACAACCAUCCAUUGGCAUGGGAUCAACCAGUAUAGGACCAAUCCCUACGACGGUGCUGCAUUCGUCACUCAAUGUCCCAUCGUUCCAAAGCACUCUUUCCUCUAUAACUUCACGGUACAGCAGAAUCAGCCUGGGACCUUUUGGUAUCACUCUCACUUCUCGAACCAAUACUGCGACGGGUUAAGAGGUCCACUUGUGAUCUACGAUCCCGAGGAUCCAUACUUGAACCUCUAUGACUACGACAAUGAGACUACCGUAAUUACGCUCGGAGACUGGUACCACUACCGCUCAAAUGACCCGAACAAGCCGCCAGUACCCAAUCCUGACAGCACCUUGAUCAACGGAGUGGGCCGUUACAGCGGUGGCCCACAAGUACCCUUAGCCGUAGUCAACGUCGAACAAGGCAAACGGUAUCGCCUUCGUUUGGUGUCAAUCUCCUGUGACUCGAGCUUCGACUUCAGCAUCGAUGGGCACCAGUUUACAAUCAUUGAGGCAGAUGGGAAUAAUGUAGAACCGCUACUGGUGGACUCGCUCACUAUCUACGCUGCCCAACGUUACUCUAUCGUUCUCAACGCAAGCCAGAAUGUGGACAACUACUGGAUUCGUGCUGGUCCUGAUAUCGGUUUCCAGCUCGGCACCUACGAAGGCGGCUUGAACUCUGCAAUACUGCGCUACAUAGGAGCGCCAGACGUAGAGCCAAACACUAAUCAGACUGUCUCGCUGUUAGCGUUGAACGAAACGGAUCUCCAUGCCAGGGAAGAUCCACGAGCGCCUGGAAAUCCAUGGCCUGGAGGCGCUGACCGCACCAUAGCACUUGCUGUAGCACUGAACGCCAAUCAAACUGGAGCCAACUUCAGCGUGAAUGGAGUCACAUAUGAAAAUCCUGACGUACCGGUGUUGCUUCAGAUUCUCAGUAGAGCUCACCGCGCGCAAGAUCUUUUGCCGCAUGGGAGUAUCUACCCAGUAAACAGGGGAGAAACAGUGGAGAUCGUACUCCCCGGUGUGGAGGGAGCUGGGACUAAUCAUCCGGUACACCUUCACGGCCACUCGUUCUCUGUCGUCCGCAGCGCCGGGUCUUACGAAUACAACUACGAGAAUCCUGUCCGCCGCGACGUAGUCCGACUUGGCCAGUUUCAGAACGACACGACCGUCAUCCGGUUUAAGGCAGAUAAUCCUGGGCCGUGGUUCAUCCACUGUCACAUCGACUGGCAUCUCACCGCCGGAUUCGCGGCAGUUAUGGCGGAAGACGUGGAGGGUACACCAUUGAAGGACCCGACAUCCGAGGCAUGGCGCGACCUUUGCCCUAUCUGGAACCAGACGACCACUUUUGCGAAUGGCACCGCCAACACAGCAGCAGACGCACCGCUCAAGAUCGUCGGGGCCCCCACCACGACGCUCGACCCAGCUUCCAGCGUCACCCUGUUACCCAGCUCGAUUUCAGUAUACUCGGGUACUCCUACGUUUAGCACUACACAGUCGGGGUAUUAG